GGCUUUGAUGAGUACAUGAACUUGGUUCUUGAGGAUGCUGAGGAAAUCAACAUUAAGAAGGACAUCAGGAAGUCGUUGGGAAGGAUACUCUUGAAAGGUGACAACAUAACUCUGAUGAUGAACACUGGAAAGUGAAGCCCCUCUUCCUAGGAUGGCUGGUGUUCUCAUUCCUGCGCUGAGCGUUCCUGUGAUACUCUGUACUCCAUCUAGACUGAUAUGCAUGUAGCUUGUGAGUGUGGUCACUAUAUGUAAUGUCUGUCAUCUACGAGUACCUAUGAACUCAGUAAUCCAUUCUGUGAACCAUGUGCAUGAUGUCUGAGAUAAUGAGCUUAUCCCUUGUGCUUAA